GAGCUCAGUAUUGGCAAGACCCGACCGACCGACGUGGCCAUGGCCAAGCGACGCAACGAGAACGGCCAGAUGCGCCGCGAGGAGUACGAGGCCGCGGACGACGACGUGAGCGCCGACUCGUUCGAGAUCGGCUUCCAGCGCGCCAGCGAGGACUCGAUCCGCAAGCGCAAAAUCGUCAAGGCGCGCGUCGGGGGCCGCUCGGCCGCCAAGCCCAAGGCGGCGGUGGCUGCAGCUGCUGCUGGGGGCGACGACGAGGCCAAGAGCAACCCGUUCGGAGGCUUCCAGGGACUCACGGCGGCCAAGCCCGCGGCAUCCUCCAACCCUUUUGCUGGGUUCUCGGGUCUCACUGGCGCUGCCAAGCCCGCGGCUGAGAAGACCAGUGUGUCGACCAGUGGUUCGACCGCGACGGCGACGGCGACUUCGGGGUCGUACCAACAGGCCAUGGAGGCGCUCAACAAGAGCUUCCUGGCGUUUGUCAACGGACAGUCGCAGAGGAACCCGAGCGCGAGCUGGGUGGCUGCCGUUCAGGAUUACUUGAAAUACGCGGAUGAGAUUGCCACCAAGCACGCGGCCACGAAGCCGGUUGCCAUCAACGAGUCCAAGGCUGCGGCUCCUGCCCCAUUCUCUUUUGGUUCAACUCCUCCUGAUGAGCCAGCAAAGGCUCCCGCCAGCAGCGGCUUCUCGUUUGGUUCCGCUGCGAAGAAGACCGACGACUCCACCAAGUCCCCAGCCAAGUCUGCUGCUCCCGCUUUCUCGUUCGGUGGUGCUGCCAAGAAGGACGACGAGUCCGCCAAGUCCCCUGCCAAACCUGCCGCUGGAGGCUUCUCGUUCGGUGGCGGCAGCUCGCUCUUCUCUGCCAAGUCUAUCAACUCGGAGGAGAAGGUUACGCCUGCGUUCUCGUUUGGAGCUCCUCUGUCCAAGCCGACGGCCCCCGCGGUCUCUUCUACGCCUGCCACCGGCGGGUUCUCGUUUGGCAACCUGACUGCAGCAUCGGCUACUUCGACUUCGGCGUCGACCACUGCCGCUGCGGAUGAAGACGAGGAGAACAUUGGACGCGAGGAGGCCACCGUUAUUAUCAAGGCCGACUCCCCGGACGAUGACUGCACGUUUUUGGCCGAGAAGGCCAGGAUCUUCGAGUUCAAGAAGGACGAGAAGCGCUGGGCAGACAAGGGCGUGCACCCGCUCAAGGUGCUCGUCAGCAAGGACACGAAGAGCGCGCGCAUCCUGGUGCGCAACGAGAUCGGCAAGAUCGUGCUCAACUCGGCGCUGUACAAGGGCAUGGCGGUGCGUCCGCACGAGGCCAAGGGCAAGAAGACGGGCGUCACGUUGGCGCUGCAGGUCGAGGGCGGCGAGCUCACGCAGUUCUUGCUCAAGGUGAACGCCGCGCGGGUAGACGAGUUCAUCAAGGCGCUCGAGACGGCGGCCGCGUCUUCCUAA